AUGUACGAACGCACAGAGCACAGUUACGGCGUGAACGAGGUACUUCUAGCGUCAGCUUUAGCUGCUAUUGUAUUCUCCGUCUUCAGUGUCCAACCACUUACUUUUGUUGGCGUCACUGGCUUGACCGACUUGAUGAAUUACACCAUCUACCGCAUUUUUCACGGCCACUAUGGAUUUGACCAGACCAACUACCUUCGCAUACAAGCGUGGGUGCUAAUAUGGGCCGCUGGUUUCCACUUUCUCGUGGCCAUCUUUAAUUUGUGUGACUUUACGCGGUUCAUUACCGAAAUGACCUCUGAUACAUUUGGUCUGUAUGUGGGUGUUAUAUACGUGGAAAAGGGCAUUGAGCAGCUCAUCCAAGAAUUUUCCUUGCCAAACCACGCUAAUGAUACAGGUUGGCUCUCUGUGAGUAUCGCCAUACUUUUCUGCAUCACGGUAUACUACCUGACACAGCUGGGAGCCUCCACGUACCUGCCUUUCCAGUUUCGCCGCACUAUCGGCUCACUUGCGUUUGUGGCAGGAUGUGUGUUCUGGUCGGGCUUUUCUCACUUUCCAAAGCAUUCUAUCAAAGAAGUACCAAUCUCCUAUUUGCCCAUCACAAGGAGCUUUUUCCCUACGUGGGACAGAGGUUGGGUAGUUGACUUUUGGAACAUCGAGGUGCGCUGGGUGUUUGUGGCUGCCCCUCUGGGCCUAAUGAUUAUGCUUCUCUUUUACUUUGAUCACAAUGUGUCCAGUGUCAUGGCACAGGCGCGCAAAUUUCCUAUUACCAAGCCGGCAGGCUUUCACUGGGAUUUUUUUCUUCUGGGUAUCACGACAUUUGUUUCGGGAAUUCUUGGCCUGCCAGUCCCUAACGGCCUUGUUCCUCAAGCUCCUGACCAUACAGACUCGCUCUCCGUCUAUAAGCAGGUGCCUGUCGCAGAAGAGAGCGACAAGGAUGGUGCGGGCACCCCGGCCGUGGAGCCCCUGCAUCAUACGAGUGUGGCCAGCUCCUUCUUGCAUAUUUCUCAUUUCCCGCGCGUACAUACCGUUCGCGUUGUCGAGCAGCGCCUGAGUCACUUGGUUAUUGGACUACUUACUCUGGGCUCCAUGUCACGUCCCAUACUUGUGGCUCUCAGCAUGAUACCUCGCGCCGUAUUGGCCGGUGUCUUCUUGCUCGUGGGCUUUGCUUCUAUCGAGUCCAACCCGAUCGUGACACGUACUCUAUCUCUCUUGCAAGAUCGUUCGGCGCUUACACCCUCGACACGCUCGCCGCUCAAGCGCACAACACUAGCACGGUUCGUCAGCUUCCAAUGGCUCUUUUUCGGAAUGACCAUUGCGAUCUCGCAGACCAUCGCAGCUAUCGGUUUUCCUAUCAUUAUUACAUGCAUGAUCCCAUGUCGCGCAUUUCUGGUGCCGAAGAUGUUUGCGGCCGAGGAGCUCGCAGCUCUGGAUGCGCCGACCGCCGAUGCGCCAGCGGUGAUGGUUUCCUUAGGGCCCAAAGACGAGGAUGAUUUGCAGCAACCUGUACAUUACACAGUCUCAUGA